AUGAAACUCCUACAGGAUCAUCGGGAAGAACAGGGCCCUCGCGUCUUCCCUGAGGGCCUGGCUGCCUGUGCGGCCGAGGCCGCGGCCUACGGCCGGUGCGUGCAGACGUCCACGGCCCCUGGCGGCCGCCUGAGGAAGGACUGCUGCGCGCGGGAGUUCGAGGCCCUGCGGAGCUGCUUCGCCGCCGCGGCCAAGACGACUCUGAAGGGAGGCUUUUAGGACCAAGUGCUGCCUGCCACCUGUUUGCUGCUGAGGGCGUGAAGCCGAGCACCUGGCACUGAUGUCCCCCGGGCACACAGCUACAGUAUCCCAAGCUCUUGGAGCUACAAGGACCGGAGCCCUGCCCUGUCAGGGCGAGCCGUGGCGGGGCGGGGGGUUGGUUUCCAGCAUUGUGGACACAAAGAAAGCACAAUGCGGUAAAUAAAGACCAUGCACGCA